GGGCCGCGGGCGGCGCCGGGCGGACGGGGGAGGCGGAGGAGGAGCCGGGCCAUGGCGGGUGAGGCCGGCGGCGGGGAUCCGGGAGCCGGCGUGCGGCAGCCCCUGCGGGUGCCCCCAUGAACCAGCGCCGCGGCCGGGGCUGCCGGGAGACCGCGGGGCGCCAUGAGAGCGGGCCAGGAGCGCAGCCAGGAGUGCCUCCCGCCAAAGAAGCGGGAGCUGCCCGCCGCCAGCACCGGCACCGAGGCGGGACGGGCGGGGGGGGCCCCGGCCGCGGGCGAGGGCCCCGAGUGGGCGCGGACGGCGGGGCCGGGCGCUGCAGCCCUGCGCCACGGCCCGGGCGAGGCCGCGGAAGCGGUGGCGGGGCUGACCGUGGACCAGUACGGGAUGCUCUACAAAGUGGCAGUGCCACCCGCCGCCUUCUCCCCCACGGGUCUGCACUCCGUGGUGAACGUGAGCCCCCUGCCCCCCGCCUUCAACGUCACCUCGCCAAUAAUCCAGCACCCAGGGGUGCCCUACCCUCCCAUCCACUACGCCCAGAUCCCUCCAACCUCCCUGCAGCUCAUCGGCUCACAUUACACGGUGCCCUAUGCUGUCCCUCCUGGCUUCCUGCCCAGCCCUCUCCUGUCGCCUUCCACCAGCCUGACGGCCUCUCAUGUCCCCCACUUUGUGCCAUAUGCCUCUCUCUUCACGGAGGAAGCCGCUCCUUCCCCCCAGACUACCUCUCCUACCCACACCUUCAACAAAUCCGCUUCUGCAGUCUCUCCUUCUGGCCAGAUGCAGCACCACACUGGGACCCAGCCCUUAGAUAUGACACCAGGUAGAAUUCCUGUUUAUUAUCAGAUGUCCCACCUCCCACCUGGGUAUUCAGCAUAUGAGGCACCUGCGGCAGGUAGAAGCCCAGAGUCUCCUCAGCAAGACAGCCAGCUGAGUUCAGAGGGAGCUGCUGCCAAUGGUGGACAGACACAUCUGGAGCACGACGUGGUGAGGAGGACCAGCGAGGCUGUGGACGGUGCCAGCAGCAAGGCUGAGGACUGUCUGCCCGGGGCUGCAGCGGGAUGUGUGGUUGAUGGACAGUUCCUUUCAGGUUACCAGACGCUGGGAACAGAGGUCUCUGUGCCAGCUCACAGAAGCACCCCAGACGCUGAUCUGGAGGUUCAGAGGGUGGUGGGGGUGUUGGCGUCUCAGGAUUAUCAUGUUCUGGCAGCCCAGAGGAAAGAUGACCCGGGCCCUUUAAACCUUUGCCAUCAUACCCCGGAUCAGCAGGGGGAGUCGAAGGAGGCGCUGAGGAACGCAGUAGAGAGGGCUGCUGCUCCUGAGAAAAGCCAGUCCAGGAGUCCAUAUGUCACCUCCCCUGAAGAGCUGGUCAGACAAAGACAGUUAACCAAAGGAAUGGUGAUAGCCAACGGCAAGCCAGUCCUGGUUCCUGUUGGAUCCGAGCCCAUCAGGUCUUCCACUUCAGAAGCCCUGGUGAGGCAGAACCCAGAGACACAGGCUCGAGGAGUGCCGGAGAAGGACCUGGCCCAGCUGCAGCCACCCAGCUCCUCACACUUGCCCUCUCACUUCAUGAAAGGAGCCAUCAUCCAGCUGGCCACGGGAGAGCUGAAGCGGGUGGAGGACCUGCAGACUCAAGACUUUGUUCGCAGCGCAGAGGUGAGCGGGGGCCUGAAGAUCGACUCCAGCACCGUGGUGGACAUCCAGGAGAGCCAGUGGCCUGGGCUUGUCACGCUGCAUUUUGUGGUUGGGGAGCAACAAAGCAAAGUGAGCAUUGAGGUGCCCCCGGAGCAUCCUUUCUUUGUGUAUGGCCAGGGCUGGUCCUCCUGCAGCCCCGGGCGGACCGCGCAGCUCUUUGCUCUGCCCUGCCACCGGCUGCAGGUGGGCGACGUCUGCAUCUCCAUCAGUUUACAGAGCAUGAACGGCAGCUCCACGUCUCAGGCUUCCUGCCCCCUCGUGGAUCAGCUGGUGGUGACCAGGGAGAGGCCUGAGAGGACAGCUCAGCGGCCCUCGGAGCCGCCUGACAGGGCUGGUGGCAGGAAGAGCCAGCCAGGCAGGGAGGCGGCAGAGCCCCCCCAGCCCGAGGCUGGCAGCCAGCACAGCUGGGCAGCCCCCGCCUUCCAAAGAUCGGGCGUGCGGGCGGAGGAGACGCGGCCCUCCCUGCUCCGCCCCUCCUUCAUUCCCCAGGAGGUCAAGCUGUCGAUCGAAGGGCGUUCCAAUGCGGGGAAGUGAUCCCUCGGGCUGUGAGCUGGGGCAUCCCCUGUGGGUGAGCCUCACUGUCAGGUGGAGAAGUUGCAGACUUUGUGAGAGGUUCACCAGCAAGGCUGCUUUCUGCCCUGCAGGACUGGGUUUAUUCCAUCCAGUUCAGUGGCUGACCAGGUCCUCUUGGGGAAUCAAGAGGCCUCCAGUGCCUCAGGGAGCAGCACCAGGCUGAGCUGGGGCAGAGAAGGGGGAGGUGCUCCUGAGCUGCAAUGAGCAUUCCAGAGGCUGGGGCUUUCUCACACCUCCCCCAGUAACUGGUUCCCUGCAGGGCAGGGUCUAAGCAUUCAGGAUGGGUGGGGAGAUGAGGAGGGCAGACAUGGCUGAAGGUAGCAGAUAAAAUUGUUGAAGAUUUUAUUCCUCCUUUCUCAUGACGGGGAGAGAUGGGUCCCCACUGGAGUUGAGGGGGCUUUACUCCCAGUAUCCCUUUUCUUCACACAUGCACUUUAAAAGGACCGUUCACCGAUGGAGCUCUUGAGGGCAGGACAGAGAUGCUUCUCUGGUGGUUCUGUUUAAUGUCUCUUCCACUGAAUCCAACUGCUCUUUCUUGCAAAGAAUGUGCAGAUUUGAGUGAAUCACAGAAACUCAAGAGGAAGGACCAAAAGGAUGGGCUUGGGUAUAGGUGAAUAGGGAACUUGAGCACUUGGAAUGGGACACGAGUUGGGACGGGAGACAUCAGGUUUCUGCUAUAAAAUACAUUUCAUUAUUUGCCACCAAAUCAAAUCUUUCUUCCCAUGUUAAUAACUUAAAAAAAAUAAACAUCUCUCGGGCUUAUAGCUUUUGCAGAGGCUUAGCCUGUGGGUGAAUGGGGUUGGGUUUUUUGUUUGUUUGUGGGUUUUUUUUGUUUGUUUGGUUUUGGUUUUUUUUUUGUUUGGUUUUGUUUUGUUUUGUUUGGAUGGAUUUUGGGUUUUGGUGUUGUUUUUUUUUUUAGGUUGUUGUUUGUUUUUUUUAAAGCUGAAGUAAAAUAUAUUUAGCAUUCUCUAGUGAAGGAUGGAAACACAUCCUUUUUCUUUGAGAGGACCAAGACUAUUUGGUAAUUAAAUGAGGAUAAAUCUUCUCUUCCCUGCAGGCAAGUUACCUGAAUAAGCUCAAGACAAGAGACGAGUGUUUGUGCAUGUGCAGGCAAGGUACAAAGUUUCUGCUAAGUACAGUUCUAUGAUUAAUGUAGGGACUCUAAAAAUAUCACAGCAUCAUAGGGCAUUUUGGGGUGGUUUUGUGUUAGUUUUUCUGAUGCUUCACUUUGGAGUUCCUCUGUAGUAAAAUCAAGAUGGUAAAAACAUGGUAAAAUUAAGAGUAGUCUUAUUCACAGUGAAUUUAGUACAAACAUAGUAAUACCUCGUUAUGGUGAUAACACUCCAUUCAAGUGAAGGCUCCUGUAAUUACACUAAUUUGCCCACUCUGAUGGUGUGUUACUGCACCAGCUCUAACUGCUUAGCUAGGGGAAAAAACAUUCACUAUUAUGUUGAGGAUAAGGGUCUUCACUGACUCCACCUUGUGUUAAGGGGCCCAUCUCUGUGCUAGGACCAGGCUCCUGAGAAGGCUCCUUUGCUGUCUGCAGGUCCCCCUGGAGUCCCGAUGCUGCUCCUGAUGUUCAGCCUGCCCUUUCCUGGCUCCUGAAGUCUCCUGUCAGGUGUGCCUGGCUGCUGGGGCACUGCUGCUCCCCCCGAGUGCCAGCCCCACUCCUGGCCUGGCCUCCUGGGGCCAGCUUGGGUCAUCUUGCUGUGGGGCCUCUCAGGCUGUUCUUUGCUCUCCAGGGAUGAGUCCUGUCACUGUGUGACAGGGGAUGCUCUGCCUGGAUGCUGAGCAAACCGGAGGGUCUCCAGUGUCCCUUCCACCCAGGCCAUCAGCCCUGCUUUCCUAGCUCAAUGCUAGCCCUUUCUGUUGCCUUUGAGAUGCCGGCACCAGGACAGUUUCUUUUCCGGCCUUAGGUGGAUGUGCUGCUCCUGCCUUCAGUGUUUGUGCCUCAGGGGGUUUCUCCAGGAGGAGGAUGCUGCCUGUGUCACAUGUAGCUUCCCCCAGUGACACUGCUUCCGAUCUCAUCAGCUGCAUUUGAAAUGUAUGAAGUCAUGGUGAUGCUGUCAUGUGAAGAUUUUGCCUCCUUGAAUGCAGCAGCUGUGGGAACAGAUGCUGUUUUCAUGGCACUAUUUCUCAGUAAAAUGUGCUGCCUGGGCCCAGGUGCCUGGCCCCCUCACCUCAUGUGUUUCACAGUUGUUAUUUAUUGGACUCUCCUACACAAAGACCUCGAUUCAUGUUGGCUAGUACUUAAUGCUCAGGACACCCAGGGUGACUGUGGCCAAAGGCAGGAGGCAGAGGAGACAGGUUCUCUUGCCUGUCCUUGGCAUGGUGCAUGCAGAGGGUUCAGAGCUGUGGCAGGUGGAUCUGGCACACGUGUGGUGUGUGAACAUAGCUGGGCUGGUUGCACACAGUGAGGGCACAUCUGAGCAGAACCUUUGUGUGCAUCUUUGAACACAGAAGUCUCUGUCUUUACAGGAAGGGUUUGGAGAGCCUGCCUGAUAUCCUGUGUGUUACUUUAACAGCUGCUCCUGGAUCUUGGCUGCUCUGAGCAGUGGUCUGGCAGGGCAGACACUGAUGUAUGAGGCAAGAUGCUGUGUGACUAAAAUAGCUGUGUACUGUAGGCAGCUGGAGGGCUGUGGAGGUGUCACCCUGGACCUUGGCUAGCUGUGCUUCUACUGAGCUCUGUGGAACAGGCCAGGGUGAAUCUGACCUCGGUGCUUCUACACAGACUCCCUUCAGUCCCAUUGUUGGGCAUGUUGCAGCUGCCAGUUUGUCUAUGAAAGCCAGUUUGGGGCAUAUCUCAUGGGGGGGCACUGAGAUGAAGUAGCCGGGCAUCUGGCUGCUUGCCCCAAAGGCAGUGGGCAGGAGGGGGCUACUGGUGGCCCUCUAGCCCAGCAUAGCUCGUGAUCACUGGAAUCUGUCGGGGCUGGGCUGUGUUCUCAGUACCUGUGGUGGUGGUGGCUGUGUUGAGCAUUGAGGCUCUCCUGAGACAGGGAUGGUGUGAGACUGGCUCUGCUGUAGGGAGAAAGGCUGUGGAUGAGCCCACAGAGGAGGCUUUUAUUUCUUAAGUUUACUGGGAAAGGAGGAGAUAAAGCCUGGAAGACAUUGUGGGAUGAUAGUUAUCCUGGCUCUUCUGCUGGCAGAGAUGUGACAGGCUUCUCAGAGAGACAGGCUGUUUUUCUGCUGCUGUGGUGAAGGAGAGGAGAGCUGUGGUCUGUCCUACAUGGAUGAGAAGGCCUCUUGGUCUUGUCCCACUAACCCAUCUCACACUCAGUGGCAGGAGUCUGUAGGAUGCAAUGACGGUGUCUGUAGCCAUCUGUCCCAGCUCACAAAACAUUCCUGGGUCAGCUGCCCUGUGGAGGCCAGGCCAGGCCCAGGCUGUGUGUACACUGGUGCUCCAGGAACGUGAGAUUUGCUCCAGGCAAUGAGAGCUCAUCACUACCAGACUAUGCAGAGGAAGCUCUGUCUGGAAAGCAGGAAGGCUGCAGAGGCCCCUCUGCCUCCCCUUUCCAGCAGGUGCCCAAGUAUAAUGCACUUUUCACAUUAAGUGUCCCCGUCCCCACACUUGAAGUCACUUUCCCUGUAGAGAACUAACAGUCCUUCUUACUCAGAAAAUAUUGUGAGGAACUACAGCAGCUUGAGCAGCCUGAACGUGUUCCUGCCGCAGCACACGUGCCUUUCCCUCGCGCCACUCACAACUGCUCCUUGUCUUUCAGGCUGUCCCACUGCCUGAAACUUUGCAGAAGCUGCUAAGAUGGCUACGAGUGCACAUUCUGUACAGAGUUUGGCCCAGGGUGUGUUCCGUGUAUGGCUUAAAACGCCGAUGGUCAAGGCCCCUCCACGGUCUCCACACCCUUCCGUGGAGGACGGGACUUGCUCCUGCUCCUCCCAGGCUGCUGCUGCCCCCGCACACCCGCCCCGCACAUCCAGGCUGUUUCCCGCUGUGGUGGCACCUUAGGGCCAGGGGAGGCUCUGCCCACGCGUGGCCAGGACGGCCGGGCUGCCCUGAGGCAAGGAGGCCCUUGUAGAUAAGUGCUGACCCCGACUGUAAUCCCACUUAUGUAAUGGCUGUAUUAACAUGUAACCGACCGCAUUGUAUCUAAAGCCUUAGAACUAGUCAGGUGCUCCUCUCCAACCUUGUUCCUGCCCCCUCCUCCUACCUGAUCUUUAACAAAGCAUUAAUAAUUCUAAGGAUAAUCUCUAUUUUGUUGUGCUUUUUUUGUAACUGUUUUAAAUAAAUCAAUUUGUACUGUAUAUUUGUACUUUUGGUGAGAUCCUUUUUCCUGUUUUACCAUUUUAAGUCUGUACUUGGCUACACACAGAUUGUAUUUUUAUUGUUAAUGCUCUUAUGAAUAUUGCAUUUAACUUGUUGACUCUGUAAACACAGUAUAUCUAUAUAUAUAUAUAUCUAUAUAUAAACCAAUAGCUUUUC